UUGUUUAUAUUUGAUGGUAUUAUACCUUUAAUUGGAAGUUUAUUAUUAGUAAUUUGUGUAAUAGUUGGUGUAGCUUUUUUGACUUUAUUAGAGCGUAAGGUUUUAGGUUACAUUCAAAUUCGUAAAGGACCAAAUAAAGUUGGAUUUAAUGGAUUAUUACAACCAUUUAGUGAUGCUGUAAAAUUGUUUACUAAGGAACAAACAUAUCCAUUAUUAUCUAAUUAUAUUUCUUAUUAUUUUUCUCCUGUUUUUUCUUUAUUUUUAUCUUUAUUAAUUUGAAUAUGUAUUCCUUAUUUAAUUAAGUUAUAUUCUUUUAAUUUAGGUGUUUUGUUUUUUUUAUGUUGUACUAGAUUAGGAGUUUAUACUGUAAUGAUUGCAGGUUGAUCUUCUAAUUCUAAUUAUGCUUUAUUGGGGGGGUUACGGGCUGUAGCUCAAACUAUUUCUUAUGAAGUUAGUUUAGCAUUAAUUUUAUUAAGUUUUAUUUUUUUAGUAGGUAAUUAUAAUUUUUUAAGUUUUUAUUUUUAUCAAGAUUAUGUUUGAUUUAUUUUUUUUUGUUUUCCAUUAGGUUUAGUCUGGCUAGCUUCUUGUUUAGCGGAAACUAAUCGUACUCCUUUUGAUUUUGCUGAAGGGGAAUCAGAAUUAGUUUCUGGAUUUAAUGUUGAAUACAGAAGUGGGGGAUUUGCUUUAAUUUUUUUAGCUGAAUAUUCUAGUAUUUUAUUUAUAAGUAUAUUAUUUGUAGUUAUUUUUUUAGGUAGUGAUAUUUAUAGAUUUAUAUUUUUUUUAAAAUUAUCUUUUAUUUCUUUUAUUUUUAUUUGAGUCCGAGGGACUUUACCUCGAUUUCGUUAUGAUAAACUAAUGUAUUUAGCUUGAAAAAGUUUUUUACCUUUAUCUUUAAAUUAUUUAUUUUUCUUUGUAGGAUUAAAGAUUUUUUUUAUUUCUUUAUUAUUUUAA